CGGUGCGCUAUCCACUGCAAAAGAUAUUUUUUGGUCUGGGUUGAAGAAGCUGCUGUAUUGAUAAUUUGCUAACAAGAUAAUUGAUCACGAUACACGGAAAUAAACAUCAAAGAAAGCUUGUCGAUCAUGAUAGCAACUUGCAUGUGACACUUUGGAUUCGUGCCAGCCGAGAAUGGUGCGUGUCGUUACAGAUCUCGUUCAGGAGGCAGCUCGGACAUAUUUGCAGUGGAUACGAGCGGUACGUCAAUGAUCUCGGACAAAGCGAAGCGGCCGACCUUCGCAUGUUGCACUCUCACACGAGUCGGAGGCACAUCAGGACCAGUGAGCGGCUGUACUCCGAGCCGAGUUUAGCCUAUCUGGAACCCCUAGAACUUAUCGAAUGUAAAUUGAAUGAUUGACUGCUUCUGCAGCACACCCACGCGCACGAUGAAUUUUCGUAGCCGACAGUUUGCCCUCCUUAGUAUGCCGGUGUAGCAUCUUCACAAAUUAUUGCAGCCAAGAUAAGUUGUCAAUGUCAUGCAUGAAGUUGCAAGUGUGCGGCAAGUCCAAAUUGUCAGCGGUUGAAAUGCAUAAAGCUGAAGGAACAUCUGAAGAUGAAGGCCGAGCGGGGGCGUUACAGCGGUACUGAUUUUCUUGUUCUUUGGACAGAUGAAGCAGAAGCUUUUUGUCUUAUAUGAAUUUUGUGUAUGAAUGAGAGCCGUGCAACAGGUUCGGCAGUUCAACAAGAAGACUGCUCCAGUUCAGCACGCCAUCAAAAACAGAAUCUCGCGCAACCGCCUACCGUGGCUACGACACGACAAAAGACGUGAAGCAUUUGUCUGUUAAGCUGAAAAAUGCCGGAGUGAGGGUCGUUCCUCCUGGGGAGACCUACCUGACCAAUGCGCUGAAAAACACAUACUUCGUAUGAGAGUGCGCAAGAACUACUAUUACUAUAGCUCUAUUUCACUGUACUUUGUCAUGCAAGUAGAUAUCAUGUGUGCGGGUAAGGGUCUGUUGCUGUCAUGCUAAGGCUACACGAUUUGUUGCACUGAUAAUUUUGUUGCUGAGAGCUGAAGCAGAUGAGGGCCAGGGUUCGUUAUAGUUGAUGUCGUUGCCCCUGCGCACUCUGAUACUUCACCCCAUCUCCCACGGACCCGACUGCCAGCGGUGCGGCUAUCCUGAGUAAAAACGUUCCCACCUCAACCUCAUAGUUGUUAUGCAGAUCUACAUGCUCAGAAUGUGUGUCAUGUGGCUCUCCAUGAGAGGCAUUACCUAGUGGCGUUUGGGAAUCUGUCAUGCGCUAAUCAGGAUGACAGACUGGAUCUGUGAUGCGUUCGAACUAGCUACAGAUAGGCACGACUACACUGCGUCGCCAAACUUGUCAUGCGUGAGUCCCAAAGAUGCUCGAUUUGUCUUGCCAAAGUCCCAACUUGACUAUGGGGUGGGGACGUUUUUGCACAGGAUAGCGGCUGCGUCAUCCUCCUCCACGAUGCAACCGCCCCAACCUCCCUCCCAGCAACCCGAGUCCUUGAAGGGUUUCCACCCGUCGUUGACCGUUCAUCAGCAACCGAUCGAGGUGUAUGAGUACCUCAGCCGAGAAGAUGAAGCAACGAAGCAGCGAGAACUGGAUAUGAAUUCCAUGUUCGAUCUCGAGGCUGUGGAGGAAGAAGCCGCGGAGAUGGAACAGCAACAAAAUAAUUUUGUCGGGACAAGGUAACGGAUUUUUACAACUCUCUUUGUUCGAGGACUUUUUGCCAUUUGAAUCCUCUUUGUUUAGAUUUGAACUAAGUGCGUACUUCGCCUACAGUUGGGCUGCAUGCUAUAGGAUAGGCACCUUCUAGGUCUAUCUAUACGUAGCUUUACCAGAUGAGGUAGAAUACGUUCUGACAUGAUAAAGAACUCUCCAUUCCGCAGGGCAUCAAAGAAAGACCGGCGCGAUGGGGAGCGACGGUGGUUCGCGCCAAGCCACGAAGCGGGCCCCAAUAGUCCACGCCACUGGCGAGGAAAGAAACCCACGAAGGGGACGGUGAAAAAUCCAAAUCAGCACGAGAAACCAUGGGAAUUCAGCCGGUAUAAGACGGACAAGAAGAAGCACGCCGUGGAAAACCCAGCGGUGAAGCGAGAGCCGCCGGGCAGGCUGUAGCAGUCGUGCGGGCGUACUACUUACUGGGUCGUGCUCGUGCAGUUGAAGUGGCGAUCAACGUGGUGGAACGAAGAAACCACACGACCACACAAGGCGAGCUGUGAGUUCUUCACCAAGGUCAAAAGUCCAGACUAAACUACCUCGAAAAAUUAUUCAUUUAAUCUGUACCGUACUUUUAAAGCAAAAGCAAUCGCGAACUAUCUGCGCAAUUACGAACAUAAAUGACGAUGAAGCUAUAGGUAUUCACCACGACCUCGCUGUAUGAUUUUUUGGUAGGUGAAGGCUCUCGCUCUGUAUUUACAUCAUCAACAUCGCGUAUCCACGUGAAGCUGCACCAGUUGCAGCCUCCUCCUGCUACUUGUAAACUUUUAGUCACUCAACCCUUGUACAUCAUUCUCUUGUGCCACCGCAUUUUGUUUCACAAGAACUUUGAAACCUGUACAAUGGCAGACCAAUAAAUUGAUUCCCCCCUGUAAAAACAAAUACAAAAUGUUAGCGUGAUUGGAUCUUCCUCCGCUGGUGAUUGUGCCACGACGCGCGGAGGAUUUUGAACAUGAC